AUGGCACCCAUCCAUAUCGUACAUACUACUCAAGCGGAAAAGAUCGAUCGUAGACGAGUGCUGAUGUUCCCUCUCUUUCCUGACAGCACCGCCACGCUGGGUGUAUACCAGGCGCUCAAAAUCCUCGGGUACCGCCCCUACCACCUCUACGAACUGUGCAUGGUGGGUGGCGACCCACAUUGGGAAACCAUGAUCCAGGGCAUGCACGCCCACCAUGACAAGCUCUCCAGCCCGACCUGCCAGCCUCCGUACACGAAGCGCGAGUUCGACAAGUGGUUCGCCGGGUAUGAUGCCGUGGUGGAAGUGCCCUCGUACUUUGGCACCGACUGCCUCGAAGCAUACGCGGCAGAUCCCGAAGUCAAGUUCAUCCUGACCGAACGGACGGCCCGCAGCUGGGCCAGGAGCUUCAAUAGCUUCUGUGGCGGGAUUGUGCGUGCGAUCGAGCAGCCUUCGCUGAGCAUUCUCCGACACUUCAGCCGGACGCUGAAUUACUUCUGUAUCAUGAACGUGGAUGCGUAUAACUUGUGGUCUGACUCGACGAGGCCAGGCGACUCGCGCAACGAGGAGGCGCUGAUACGGAAUUAUGAACGGUACAUCAGGGAUGUGAAGCGAGUGAUACCCCCGGAACGGAUGCUGGUGGUGAAGCUGGAGGACGGACUGGGUUGGGAGAAGAUCUGUGCGUACCUGGACAAGGAGGUGCCGAAGGAUGUGCCGUUUCCGAGAGCUGUCAACCAUGAGGACGUGAAGGAUAGGUGGCUGGGCCCGGUGGUGAGGGAUGCCACGGUCAGAUUCGUCCUGAGCGUGAGUCUGCCGGUUGUGCUGGGAGUAAGCGUGUGGUGGAGGUGGUCUAGGUCGAGGUGA